GCUCAUCCAGUCAGUUUCUCAGUUCCUUUUUGUGGGUUGGGAUGGAUGACCUCAAUUAAGGGCUGAAGUUUCUGGUUAUGGCAGAUCAAGUAGAAGUGGCAUUGUUGUAAUAUGUCGUCAAGAAUGAGGAGGAGGCUUGUGAAAGCUUGAACAUGCCCAGACAUCACCAGAACCUCUGAAAAUCCUCCGUUUAUCUAUCCCCCACAGAAAAUCCAAGGGCAUCAUAACCAAUUCACUCAAACACCAGAAGGUCCAGGAACAACCAACCACAAGAGGCCAUGGGAGAGAGAGAGAAGGAGAAGAACAAGAAGCACAAGAAGCAGAAGCACCAACACCCCAAUGACCAAACUCAGUCCACACCGACAAAAACAUCAGAUUUCUCAUUCAAGCCCAGUUCCGAAGUAAAGGGUCUCCGGUUCGGCAGCCAAUUCAUCGUGAAGUCGUUCACAAUCCGAAGAGCGAGGCCUCUUGAGCUCCUGAAAGUCCUGUCCUUUCCACCGACUAAUAAGGCUAACGACAGCAAAUUGCCUUUCCCUUCAACAACAGCCUAUUUGCCUACGAAUUUCACCAUACUCGCGCACCACGCGUGGCACACGCUGACACUCGGCCUCGGCACGAAAAAGUCGAAGGUGCUUGUGUUCGUGUUCGAAUCCGAGAGCUUGAAGUCCGCCGUGGACCGGAUGUGGCCGCCGGAGAUUCCUCUAGGGGAAGUGAACAAGAAGCUCAUCCGGGGCCUAAACGGGUGUGAGAUGGCCCGGUUCAAGUUCAGAAAAGGGUGCAUUACGUUCUAUGUUUAUGCGGUUCGUCGCGUGGGAAGCGUAGGAUUCGGUUGCGCUGAUGAUCUUAGGAUAAUUUUGCAGUCCGUGGUCGAGCUCAAGGACUUCUUGGAUCACACUGCUAUGUUGGCCAUGCCUAAUCAGAGGAGCAUCAGCUUUUGCCCUCCUGUCGCCAUGGCUCAUUAGCGGCUCUUGCUCAUCCGUGACCAAAAACCGCGAUUGCCUGUUAUUUUCAUCAUUCCGGGUGAUCAAUCUGUUCUCGUUCCCUAGAAUGUUUGAGCUGACUAUUUUUCUGAGGAUAGUGGUGUUGUAAUUUUGGGGGGAAUUGGUUUAUUCGUUUGGACAUCAUGCAUGCUUUUUGUUCUGCUCUUCUAGAUUUCGCAUAGUUGUGAAUUUAAUAUGACGAUUUUUGUUGUUGUUUGGGCA